UGAUAAGUAGUCUUAAGUUCACUGGGGGUCUUGUUUUGACCUUAUCGAGUGAGUAUAAAUAGGGACUUGGAGCAAUGACAGUCAGUCUUCACUGUGCUUCCGUCACGUUUCGAUCCUUCCGAAGUUUCGGUUUUUUUUUAACACGGAGUAGUGAAUAAAGCUUGCCCCAAACGACAGGCUUUACAAUUAUAUAUAUAUUUUUUAUUUAUAAUUGUCGUUUUCUUCGGUUGUUCAUAAGUUUAUAUAAAUGCAGCUAACAAGUAUCUUCAUGAAAAUGACCAUUGCCGAUAAAUUCCGUGUUAACCCCAUCUAUUAUUCCGACUACUCUGAUACGACCGUCGAAAUCUAGGGAACCAGGAGUCCCUUCUUCAGAAUACGAGAGUAGUAUUUCAAACCUCUGAAUUUGUCUGAUUUCUUUGAAAGCGUGACUAAUAUUAGAGGCAAUUUCGACUUGAAGACUAGUUAUCAGUACCUUAUCCAAAAAUGGAUAUCGUUAGCAGUUAUCCUAUGGUAAAAGCUUUCCUGGCUGGGUCCUUCUCAGGAACCUUCUCCACGAUUUUGUUUCAACCCUUAGACUUGGUGAAAACCCGUCUGCAGAACCCCACUACCCUAUUAAGCCACAAUGGCGGCACGCGGAUGGUCACCAUCUUCGCCACCAUCCUCCAGCAGGAGCAUCUGCGCGGCCUCUGGCGGGGAAUGACACCGUCUAUAACCCGCUGCGUCCCCGGCGUUGGCCUCUACUUCUGCUCCCUCGAUUAUCUAAAAACGCAAUUUUUUGCGGACACGACUCCAAGUCCGCUCGAGUCAGUCGCUCUGGGCAUGAUCUCCCGCUGCAUGAGCGGAGUGGCCUUGAUCCCCAUCACCGUGGUGAAGACCCGCUUCGAGAGCGGCGUCUACGGCUACAGCGGGGUGACCUCCGCUCUGCGGGAGAUCUACCGGACCGAGGGACUGCGCGGCAUGACCUGCGGCCUGAUCCCGACGCUGUUCCGGGACGCGCCCUUCUCAGGACUCUACUUGAUGUUCUACACGCAGGCCAAGCUGCUGGUGCCCCGGGAGGUGUUCGACUCGUCGUUGGCGUCGCCGGUGCACUUUUCGUGCGGGAUAACGGCGGGCAUUUUGGCUUCGGUCGUCACCCAGCCGGCUGACGUCCUGAAGACCAAAAUGCAGCUGUAUCCGAAUAAGUUCAACGGGUUGUGGUCGGUCGUGGUGUACGUGCAUGGGAAGUACGGGGUCAAGGGGUACUUCAAGGGGAUGGUUCCGAGGAUGCUGAGGAGGACUUUGAUGGCCGCUAUGGCCUGGACGGUCUAUGAGCGGCUGUCGAAGUCGAUAGGGUUAAAGUAGCGCAGUGGUACUUUGAAUUGGGUGUGGUAGCCUGAUUUGAAGAGUUUAUACAUAUCAUGGGUAUCUUUGGUGCCUGGGGAGAUGCGUUACAGGGAGUAGGUGAUAAGAUUAUUGGGUUUAUGUUUAUCAUGCCUCGUUUUUAUGUAUACUGCACUACUUGUAACCGAUUAUUUACUAUUUUUAUUGGAUGUAUGACUUUUACUACUGGAUAAACGAUAUUGUAUUUUUGGAUCACAAAAAUUUACAGUAUUAUUUUUGUGAUUCUGUUGUAUGUUAUUAGUGGUUGUAUAUUUUGUUAAAUAAAUUUUAUUGUUGAUUA